AUGGCAGGGGAGGAGCGGCUGAAAAGGGUCGUAAAACAACUGAAGGACGAUCCUCACUCCGAUCACUUGUUUCACGUGCUGAAGGAAGCUGGGAUUUUCGAUGAAGAUGGAGUGCGACCGAUCGACACUAUCACACCCCAAGAGCUGCAGAGUCAAAUCAAGGCUCUCGUGUGUUCGAUAUUCGACGACUGGGAAGACCUCAGAAAAUAUGUCCAUCAACAUGGGUUGAAAUUGGAAAAGAGGUGGUCCGGAAAGAAUAGCGACAAGCGCAAAAAGAUCCUCUUGAAUGCCUUUGGACCGGAAAUCUCGAACAAUCAUCGGCCCGAUCUCGACGCCCUGAAAGAGAUGCAAUACGACUUCCACAUAGAAAAGACCAGCAUGUUGCCCAAAAGAAAAGAGGUGCCUUCGAAGACUCUCAUGCCGAGUUUUGGUGACCAACAGCUGAUAGCAUCUGAGGAUGCCAUGAUGCUACCCCAAAUCAACUUAGAAGACUUGGUUAAAAGGGAAACGCUUCUACUGCUAAUGGAUGCUCGUAGUCAAGCCGCACCUUCACGUUUUGUUCUCGAAGAUAGGGAAACAAUGAAGAUCGGGAAGCAGCUUAAGUCUUUGAAAGAUGAGCAGCUUAGUGGGGUUUUGAUCAGUCUGAUCGGUCAAGAGACUCGUUCAACUUAUGGAACCAUGUUGCCUUUUCAAGCUUUAUCCUCAGGCUCUCAAACUUUGAUCAUGCCGGGAGAUGCACUUUUGGUUUUGAAAUCACAAGCUCGACUUUUGGGGUUUCUGAUCAAUUGCUGUCGUACGAUUCUCCAUGAUCAAAUCCUUGAGGAGACAAUGUCGCCACCGAUUCCGAUGAACAUAAAGCCUAUGAUUGAUGAUGAAGAGCCUGAGGACCUUGCUCUUCGGCUUCUAUUCGCUCCAUACAGGCUUCCUAAGGCGUCCGAUUUCGCGCGCAUCCAAACACUCGUGAGCGCUAAAUGCGCCGAAUUACAGGAUCAUCUUUGGGCGCUUCAUGAGGACCCAGGAUAUGUGUAUGAGGUCUUGCAAGAAUGUAGUGAUUGCCAAUAUGAGAGUCUCGCCUGGACAGGGAGUGGUAUCAAUCCACUCCUAAGUCAACAAGGUCAUUGGAAUGAAGUCAUUACGCAGGUUCUGCGAUUCGCUUACAUUCACUCAACAAGCUGGGUCAGCCUUCGCGACGAUCUACAACAACUUGAAAUUUUAUCGCAAUACCACAGCGACCAGAUCAAAUCUGGUCAGGACAUGCCUAAGGAAUACGAAGACCUUCUCGGUUCUAUCCAAUACCGCUUUGCUGACAAAGAAGCGAACUUCAGCAAAGCGCUGCUUUCGAUUAUCGCAGCUGCUAGAGCUUUUCGGCAUAGCUUCAGCUUUCAAAGAUCAAAUACGAAAGGUGCUCAAUGGCGUCUUACUACUGUGUUUGAUAAGAGGGAUCAUUUGUGGUGGCUUUUGUCAAACCUGUCCAAUCCCGAUAGUGUGAAGUUUUGGAUUCUGCCCGACUUGAUCAACGAGGUUGAGAGAUUGACCUCGACUGAUCCAAAUGAGCGGGAACGUCUGUCUCCCCAACUUGCUAGAUGGUAUUCGGAAUUGUCUGUUGUCACCGAGCUGGCGUGCCACUUGUGCCGUCUUCCUGGUGGAAGUGGUUUUUUGUCCUCCGCAGCCACGCGCAUCGCCGCAACUAAGUCUCAGGAGAGAUCAAGACCAAUAAUGGCUGUACGCCAACUACUAUCACAGGACAUGGGCGUCGCUGACUACGGUGCGAAUAUGACACGUUUUCCCUAUCCUGCCGAGAAAAAGCGCAAUACAGCGACGUCCCUGCAGAUGCGCGCGGCAGAGCAAAAUCUGGACCUCUUCUGGCAGAAGAUCGACAGUCAUUUCCUCAAACAUACUGGCAGAACCUUACAUGAGCAAGCCCCCUUGCAUAGUAUAAUCGAACCAAGACAAUUGAGGAGAACUCCUGUGUGGAAAGAACCGGAAUUUCGGAGACCAAGACCCCAGAGAAAGGCCGACGAAGACCCUCUCCAGGCGCUUGCAAUGCUCGAGUUGCGAACGGAGCGCACAAUGAACGGCACUUCUCAGCCUAUUGCGCGAGAAAAGCUCAAAGCCCGGGCUUUGACAGUCGGAGAAAUGCCACCUGAAAUCUCGAAGGCUACGGAACCGCCUACGCAAGAAGCUGCUAUCCCACGUGUUAAGCUAAACAAACGCGGUCUCCAAGCGUUUGCGACCCUUUUCUAUAUCCAGCAUGGCGAAAGCCUGGCAAGAGAGCUGCGAUGGACUGAAUUCUUGUUCGCAAUGACUGCGGCAGGUUUCAGCAACCAAAAAUUGUACGGAUCGGCUUGGUUAUUCGAACGGAAUGAAGGCAAUCCACGAAAAAGUAUCAUAUUUCAUGAGCCACAUAAAGAUCCUAAGAUACCGCGAAACAUUUGUCGCCGAAUGGCUGGCCGCCUGGAACGGGCGUUUGGCUGGACUAGAAAUGUAUUCGUCGAAACGUAG